AUGUCAGUUUUUAGUGAUAGUGAUCUAACUAAUCAUGGAAGCUUUUCCACUGAUUCAGCCGUUAGUUCUAAUAAUAAUAAUAUCGAUCAAGAAUUACAAGAUUUUUUAAUGAUCGAAAAGCAAAAAGCUCAAUUUAACGCCCAGAUACAUGAGUUUAACGAUUUCUGUUGGGAAAAAUGUAUUUCAGAUAAACCGAAAUCAAAAUUGGAUGGGAAAACAGAAACAUGUUUAAAUAAUUGCGUUGAUCGGUUUAUAGACGUUUCAUUAUUUAUAACAAAUAGAUAUGCCUCAUACUUACAAAAAGGGGCUAAAUUGUAA